AUGGACUUUUACUAUAUGCCCGGUUCAGCCCCCUGUCGUUCAGUUAUAAUGACGGCAAAGGCUUUGGGAGUGGAGCUCAAUAAGAAAUUACUAAACGUUAUGGAGGGUGAACAGCUGAAACCAGAGUUUCUAAAGAUCAACCCACAGCACACGAUUCCAACGAUAGUGGACAAUGGCUUCGCGUUGUGGGAGUCGCGUGCCAUUCUUAUCUACCUGGUUGAGAAGUACGGCAAGGACGACUCGCUCUAUCCCAAGAAUCCAAAGCAACAGGCCUUAGUUAAUCAGCGGCUAUACUUUGAUAUUGGAGUGCUGUUCAAGUCCUUCUACGAUUAUUACUCGCCACUCUUUCGGCUAAAUAAGCCUGGAGAUCCUGAGGACUACAAAAAGAUUGAGGCUGCCUUCAGUUUGCUGGACACCUUCCUGGAAGGUCAGCAAUAUGUGGCAGGCAGCAACCUGACAAUCGCCGACAUCGCUAUCCUGGCAUCCGUUUCGACAUUUGUAGCAAUGAAAUUUGAACUGAAGAACUAUCCCAAUGUUGCGAAGUGGUACGAAAAUGCCCAGAAGGUAACACCCGGAUGGAACGAAAACUGGGAGGGCUUGCUGCAAAUGAAGGAAUGCAGAACACGCAAUUUCCACAUGGACUUCUAUUAUAUGUCCGGUUCAGCCCCCUGCCGUUCAGUUAUAAUGACGGCAAAGGCUUUGGGAGUGGAGCUCAACAAGAAAUUUCUUAACAUAUUGGAGGGUGAGCAGCUGAAACCUGAGUUUGUUAAACUUAAUCCACAGCGCACAAUUCCAACGCUCGUGGACAAUGGCUUCGCGCUGUGGGAGUCACGCGCCAUUCUUGUUUACCUGGCUGAGAAGUAUGGAAAGGGCGAUUCGCUCUAUCCCAAGGAUCCAAAGCAACGGGCUAUUGUUAAUCAGCGACUUUACUUUGAUAUGGGAGUGCUGUUCAAGUCAUUCUACGAUUAUUACUCGCCAAUAUUUCGACUAAAGAAACUAGGAGAUGCUGAAAACUUUAAAAAGAUUGAGACUGCCUUUGGUUUCCUAAAUACCUUCCUGGAAGGUCAGCUGUAUGUAGCUGGAAACAAUUUGACAAUCGCGGAUAUUGCCAUCCUGGCCAACGUUUCGUCAUUUGUAACAAUGAACUUUGACCUCAAGAACUAUCCCAACGUUGAGAGGUGGUACGAAAAUGCCCAAAAGGUAACACCCGGAUGGAAUGAAAACUGGGAGGGCUUGCUGCAAAUGAGGGACUUUUUUGAUGAUAAGAUAAAGGAAAUAAAGGCGUAACUAUUUUCUACUAAAUCUAAGAACUUGACGUUAUUUGUUGAACACAAUUUGUUGUAUUAAUAUAUAUUAGGAAAAAUUAAAUAAA